ACGGUGUCUGAUGCGAAUCCGCAGUCGCAAUUGAGUAUAUACCUGGACCAAAGCAACGCCGCUCUCGAGAAAUUCAUCGACAAUCUCCAACGAAACGACUGGACGCACGAGGAGGACCACGGGGACAUCUCCACCUAUUCCCGAUACGAUCCCGAGUUGAAGAGGAAAAUCUACAAACUUCAGACUAUCCUGGACUACGACUACGAAUGGGCCUUCAGACAGACCUGGAUGACAGUGCCAGAUUCUCCCUUGUGGAACGAGGACAUCCGCGAGGGAGAG